CCACGGUCCCGGCCGCGGCGGGCGGAGCGGCUGCCCCAGGAGCGCCGAGGGCCCGGGCGGGCGGCGGGCGCGCUCCCCGCGGCCGCGGGAUGACUCCUCCGGGCUCGCCGCUGGCGCCCCUGCUGCUCCUCUCCCUGCACGGUGUCGCAGCUUCCCUGGAAGUCUCCGAGAGCCCUGGGAGUAUCCAGGUGGCCCGAGGCCACACGGCAGUCCUGCCCUGUACCUUCACUACCAACGCUGCUCUCAUUAACCUCAAUGUCAUUUGGAUGGUCAUUCCUCUCUCCAAUGCUAACCAGCCUGAGCAGGUCAUUCUGUAUCAGGGUGGACAGAUGUUUGAUGGUGCCCCCCGGUUCCAUGGUAGGGUAGGAUUUACAGGCACCAUGCCAGCCACCAACGUCUCUAUCUUCAUUAAUAACACUCAGCUUUCAGAUACAGGCACCUACCAGUGUUUGGUCAACAACCUUCCAGAUAGAGGGGGCAGAAACAUUGGGGUCACCGGUCUCACAGUUUUAGUUCCCCCUUCUGCCCCACACUGCCAAAUCCAAGGAUCCCAGGAUAUCGGCAGCGAUGUCAUCCUGCUUUGUAGCUCAGAGGAAGGCAUCCCUCGGCCAACUUACCUUUGGGAGAAGUUAGACAAUACCCUCAAACUACCUCCAACAGCCACUCAGGACCAGAUCCAGGGGACAGUCACCAUCCGGAACAUCAGUGCUCUGUCUUCAGGCUUGUAUCAGUGUGUGGCUUCUAAUGCCAUUGGAACCAGCACCUGUCUUUUGGAUCUCCAGGUGAUUUCACCCCAGCCCAGGAACAUUGGACUAAUAGCUGGAGCCAUUGGCACUGGUGCAGUUAUUAUCAUUUUUUGCAUUGCACUAAUUUUAGGGGCAUUCUUUUACUGGAGAAGCAAAAAUAAAGAGGAGGAGGAAGAAGAAAUUCCUAAUGAAAUAAGAGAGGAUGAUCUUCCACCUAAAUGUUCUUCUUCUGCCAAAGCAUUUCACACCGAGAUAUCCUCCUCAGAGAACAACACAUUGACCUCUUCCAAUACCUACAACAGUCGAUACUGGAGCAACAAUCCAAAAGUUCCCAGAAACACGGAGUCAUUCAACCACUUCAGUGACUUGCGCCAGUCUUUCUCUCUCCACUCAGGCAAUGCCAAUAUUCCAUCCAUCUAUGCUAAUGGGAGCCACCUGGUCCCAGCUCCCCAUAAGACUCUAGUAGUGACAGCCAACAGAGGGUCACCCCCACAAGUCAUGUCCAGGAGCAAUGGCUCAGUCAGCAGGAAGCCUCGGCCUCAACACACACACUCAUACACCGUCAGUCAAGCGACACUUGAGCGAAUUGGUGCUGUCCCUGUCAUGGUGCCAGCCCAGAGUCGGGCAGGGUCCCUGGUAUAGCACCUGAGCCGAUAAAGUAUUCAGAAAAGAAUCAGUGGAAUGCCCCAUGCAGGGAGAGGGUGGGGUGAGCAAGUGCUGGGAAAGAAACACUUUCCUUACAUAAGGAUACUACUGAAAAGCACAAAGGAAAAGGCAAUGCUGUUACCUGGCCAGUGAGAUUUGUGAAAUGAACUGGAAUUCUUCAUCCUGAAGACUCGUUUCCCCACUACAGAUGUCCCAGCAUUCUAUUAAAACAAACUGGAUCUCAAAGAUGUGCCAAGCCAAGGAAAAAGAUAUAAGAGCAGAAUAACACUUAAAACCCAAACUGCAGUCCGGAUGGGCUUAUUCUUUAAUUCAUGCCUAACUUAAUAAUUUUUCAAGAGACUAAAGUGCCAGGUGAAGUUUAAAUAAUGAAACUAUUUAAAAACAUAGUUGUCUUUAGGAAAAUUAAUGAGCAACCCUGGGAUCGUCACCGUUCCCUCUUUAUCUAGAGGGCUUAAUGGGCAUGAAUGGUUAAUAUUGGUCCCAACAGGGCUGGCUCUUGUAUCAUAGAGUCCAAACUUUUUUUACACAAACAAAAUUCAGUAAGAAAUGGGGGAAGACAAAAGAAACUUCUCUGAGAAGCCCAUUCAUAUUUAUUUAUUUAUGUCUUCCUGAACCAUGAAUUUCAUAUUUGGAAUGUUGCUAUAUUGACAGAUUCUUGCCUGUCUGUGUUUUUCUAGGGUCUGUUCCAGGUCCAUGACAAUUACUGUUCAUUAUUUCCUGGAAAAAUAUUUUUUUAAAAGAAAACUAUUGUUUUUUUUUUUUUGUUUUUUUUUUUUU